UUUUGAAAUGAAUUAUAAGCCACUUUGCAAAUGUUGGUAUAAGCAAAAUAAGCCACUGCUCAUCCAAUAAGAAAGCUCCCAUUUGAAUCCAUCUUGUGCCCAAAAGGUAGAUCAGGACCUUUUAUCUUGACAAAUGAGAACCCAAUUUUAGCAUACUGAUUUCUUUACUCUUAAAAAAUGCAGCCUCUGUAAUUUUUCAUGCUUCAGUUACCAUUACUUUUGAACAGUGAGACUUGCAACAAAGUGUUGCAGUGUAGAGUACUUCUUCUGAAGGCACCCUGUUCCAGAAUUUCAUAUUCCUUUCCCUUUCUUCCUUUCCCCAGUCUCUCAACUCUCCAUUUUCCCCUUCAAUAGAUAACAUUUUAAAUGAGAUGCUGUCUUUGUUGGGCUAUUUUGAACUUCCUUAAUUUCUUUCUUUUGCCUCCUGCCCCCUUCCCCCACAAACUUUUUUUUCUCUUAAGCAAACCUUGAUAUUUCUUGUCUUUUUCUUGUAUAAAGAUGAUAACAGGUGUGGAUAAGGCUAUUUUGAUUGCAUAAGGAUUCACAUUCAGAGAAUCAGUUGGUCUUUUAUUUACAGGUAUCAGUUUAACUAUCUAGUUCCUCCUAGUCAGUAUGACCAGUAGCAAGAGUCUCCUGAAAAGUAACUUUUCAAAAGUAUUGAAAAACACUCAAUAGGAUUAGAUCAGAUCAGAUUUUGAUAUUGUAAUCCAAAAUCUCUGGAGAGUACCAGGUUUCUAAGCCCAGGUGGGUAGAUACAGAUUUGGCAUUUGCAUUUUCAAUAUUUCCCUGUAUAUUUGAAUGUUUAUCCAGGAUUCUAAGUGUGAUUUUUCUCUUCAGUAGUUUAUUCUAAUAAUCAGAAAACUGACUGACCCUCAAAAGUUUGAAAGACUAGGAAAUGGGGAAUUUGAAAAAAUAAGAUAAGAUCAAGGCUUUUGGGAACUCCAGCUGGAGAUAGGAGGGCAGAGUGAUGGACAUUUUCUUGCACAGACUCCAUGGAAGUUUGCAGGUCACAAUUCUCCCUCAAUGAAAUUCCGUUGACCCACUGAUUCUGAGGCAGCUUUCAAAUGCCACAAGAUUCUGGCAAGGGGAGUUCAAAUACCUGAAGUAAUGGCAGUUAGACAUCUCUCCUUCAGUUCCCAAGUCAGAUCAGAGGAAAUGCACGUCUGCUUGGGCCUUUGAUUUAAAACAGCUGCAUUCUUAAAUGAACUUAAUUCUCAUGGUGGGCAGUGAGAGUUGUUCCUGUUACAGCUGUUCACAUGGAACCAAAAUCUAACCUUUUCACAUUUGCUUAUUUUAUACUUGCAUUGCUGCUUCCUGUACUACAGUUCCUUCACUGCAGCCUUUCCCAAGACCAGCAUCUUCAGGACAUGGAAAACUACAAUGAUCUUUACCCCCAGCCAGUGCCAUCAAAGGUUCAGUCCAGGAAAGUAAUCAGACAGAAACUCUGAAGGAUAUUAUUGAUCUUACAGAAGAAGACAUGGUUGUAAAAACAACAGCAUGCAAGGACUUGGAGAUAAUUGAUCUUACAGAGCCUGAGGAGGGCAUGAUCAGCUCCCUCCAGAACAGUAGCUGCUUUGCCUGGGACCUGAAGCCUUCAACAGCAGUCUGUCCUCAGCCGGUCUGCUCUCCUAACAUUCUCACUGUUCUUGAUGCUGAGAGCAAACAUACCGUGCCAGGGGGCAUGUGGGUUCAAGACUGUGAACGAUCUUCCCCCAGACUGGAUGUAGGGAAACCGGACUACCUUCCAAGUAACAGCUUCUCCUGCCAUUCCAACUACAGUGAGGAAUCUGAAGGCAGCAGUCACACCACCUACAACAGUGAUUUGGGCUCUUUGGGAAGCCCUCAGCUGGAAUCUGAUGUUUUCUCUCUCUCAUCAGGCAAUGAUGGCACUGAAUGCCCAACUUGCUUGGACCGUGUAAAAGCUCCUCAGGCUUGCCCAUCUGAAGAAAACCCCAACUUGCGGGUCUAUUCUCUGCAUCAGAGACUAUCCCCAAGCCUCUGCUGCUCUUCUUCGAACACUUCCAAAUCUGUAGCUGAAGCUGAUCAGCCUUUGCUCCUGGCAAAAAAAACAUGGAGUGCCAUGGAAUCUAAUGUUCAGGAACAAUCCAAGCAGACUGAUAUCAAGGUCUGGUUGAAAACACUACCGUACUGCCAUGGGAUGCAUGUACAUCACCCCUUUCUUCAAAAUGUGGUGCUGGAAAAGGAGUUGAGAAAGGAUAAAAGACUAAAAGCCCAACCUAUUCCAUUCCGGAAAUUAAACAUAGUAUCCAGCACAAUUGAAGAGAAUUUUUUCCAGGGAACCUUGGAUUUCCUUAUGGAUUAUGUAUCCUGUCAAUACUACCCACCAAAAGAGGUCACAACCUGUGUGGUCAGGCAGAUUCUGCUGAGCCCAGGGGAUCAAGAGGGGCAACAGGAGAUACACAAGGAUGCUUACAUGUUGUUGAUGAAAAUCCAGGCACUUCAUCCAGCAACAGCUGAUACAGUGGUGUGGGACUGGCAACUGCUAAGUGAGGUCAUAGAAGUGCAGGAAGAGAUGAUUCCUGGCCGACUCCUAUUCCUGCAGUAUGUGAUACAGACCUUAGAAGAUGACUACCAAAGGGUGAUCAGGACUGGUGUUCUGCACGGAUCCAUUGCCAAGGCAGUGCUUUCCUGUGACAACUGCUUCGGAAAUGUCAAGGAAGUGAUUGAAUGGCUAAUAGCUGUGGUCACUGGGGCCAGAAUUUCCCAGCACGAAAAAUAUCUGCAGAAAGCCAAAAGUCUAUUGAUAGACAAAUCCAGAGGUCAGAGCUACAACUCCACUCCUGAACUGCCCUUAAAUAAGACAGCGCAGAAAGAGGAUGCCUCCAUACAAUUUCAGAUGCAGAAGGAGGUGGCACUUCUGCAGAGGAUGCUUUCUAUAGCAGUUGAAGUAGACAAGUCUCCAAAUUGCAAUGCUAGUAAAAUUGCAGAUAUGAUGUUUUCUUCUCUGUUGAAUAUUCCCAAGCGUUGUCAAAGGGACAUCUUCCUGAGCACAAUGGAAUGCCACCUUCUACGAUGCAAAGUGUUGGAGCUCAUUUUCCAACACAGCUGCUUAACACCAACCAAACUGCCUUUGUCUCUGGCAAAAAUACUGUAUUUUCUGAAACACGUUUCUCUGCCGCUAAUGUACCAGGACAGUGAAGCAACAUGGCAGAGAUGGGAUGAGAUGCUUCAUCAACUGAAUUUAUUGUUGCUGAGUUACCGUACUGUAGUUCUAGAGCACUUAAGAACCUCAGUUUGUGAACGUAUUAAUUUAACUCUCAAAGCUGCUAAACCCAAACUACAACCACAUGAUUAUAUUGAAAAAAGUGAUAUAAAGUGCAACAUUAAGAGCUUCCAGAAGAAACUCUGCCAAAUUCUGGGACAACCAAUUCCCUCACCCAUCAAAGAAAAGAUUGGCCUACUCCAAGUAUUGCUUUUCACUGCUAUGUAUUAUCUAGGAGGACUAUUGGAUGGCUGAAAGAUGGACCUCUUCCAAGUGAAAACUAAGCAUAACAAGGUUUUUUUUAAAAUUAAAGACUAAGCUCUCUUUGUAUUCCAGUAAAAUGCACUGUAUUCCCAGAAACCGGGUAGCUCAAGGACUUGUCAAGUUUAUUCUAAAUUUCUAUUAACAUACAUGUUUGUCAGUCCAGUUUUAUUUCAAGUUUUGUACAUCUUUUAUAAUAAAUUAUUUUACUAGCUGAAAA